AUGCCUGGACGGCGAAAACCCAGUCGUGGUGUCCACGGGAGAAGUGGCUUCUCCUCCCUGUUUAAAUCGACACUGACCCCGUCCUCAUCCUCGGCCUCGGCACAGCAGGAGACACAGCCCCUCCUCCAGCCGUCCAGACGCACCUCUCCGCCGGUUAGGUUACGGGAUAGCUGUGCAACUUCCUCCCUUAGCAGCAGCAGCAACUCGGGAUCCUACAAAGGCAGCGACAGCAGCCCCACCCCCAGACGUUCGAGUAAAUAUUCGUCGUGCAGUGAAAACCAUGGGAUCAAGCCACCAACACCAGAGCAAUAUCUGACCCCACUGCAGCAAAAAGAAGUCUGCAUCCGGCAUCUGAGGGCAAAGCUAAAGGAGACGGAGGAGAAGCUGGAUGAGAGGGGUGGGGAGGUGGAGGAUUUGAAAUUGCAGCUGUCCCGGAUGCAGGAAGAUUGGAUUGAGGAGGAGUGUCACCGUGUUGAAGCUCAGCUCUCCCUGAAGGAGGCCAGGAAGGAGAUCAAACAGCUAAAACAGGUGAUCGACACAGUGAAGAAUAACCUGGUGGAGAAGGAUAAAGGCAUUCAGAAGUAUUUCAUUGACAUCAACAUUCAAAACAAGAAGUUGGAGACUCUGUUACACAGCAUGGAGUUGGCGCAGGAUGGUGCGUCUCAGUCUGCUGCUGGCUCUCCAGCCCGGUCUCUGACCCGCAGCUCCACCUAUACCAAGCUGAGUGAGCAGGGGCCUGAGCUCCUGGUCCUUGAUGGCUCUGAUCUUCCUCAUCGUGGUUCCCUCGCCUCUGGGAUCGAUCGCGCUGCGGAGGCUGCUGCCCUCACAGCCCGGUCCUUACUGCGGGAGGGGUAUAGGCCAUCAGCCAGGAUCCAGCUGAGCACUGUCCGAGAGCAGGCCAUCCAAACCGACUUCUCCCCCUGUCAUCCUGACCUGGAAGUGAUAGCGGAGAAGGUCCUGAGGUCAAGCACCUUUGACCCUGGCGGGCUCACCGCUGGGGCAGAGAACUCGAGACCACUCCCUGACGAUCAGACACUGCAGACUCUCGGUGGGAGUCCGGAUCUGCGGCCAGUCGACUCCCGUUUGGUUCCUUUGGGGGCAGUGCUUGAGACCCCCAGAGCAGGAGUGCCACAGGUGCCCAUCCAGCCGGCUCUGGAUGAGGCUCCCAGUCGAGUAGCACACUGGAGCCGGUAUUAUAUUGUGGAUCUGCUGGCGGUGACAGUGCCCGCAGUCCCCACUGUCGCCUGGAUUGUCAGUACCCAGCGAGGCAGCUCGCAGCCUGUCUACAAUAUCGGGGUGUUGCUGCGCAGCUGCUGUGUCCUUGCUCUGCAGUCCCUGCGACGAUUCAACACCAAUGCAGCUUCCCCAAACCAGCCUCCAUCCUAG